AUUAUUAUCAUGUGAUUGAGCUGAAUUAAUGUUCGAUUUCUAUGUGAUAUGUAAAAGAACAAAGAAAAUUUACAUUUUAUUGCAUAACAAAUAUGUUUCCAGUUUUUGAAUAUCUUGGAUUAUUCUGACCGAAAGAAAGAAUGUUUCGUGUACCUGGUAAUAGCAACACUGAGUCAUUGAAGCUCGCCGAGGUUCUAGAUGACAUUGGUGUCACUGAGAAAAUGGUGCUAAAAAGAAGAAGAUCAGUUCUAUUAAUGGAAACUAUAGCAACAAUGAAACAAAACAUUACUGAUGUCCCGUGCCAUCUCUAUAUGUUGGGUAGCCAGUCAGAAGGCGCUUUAACAAGUGGUCUUUAUUCAGACAGAGACGUGCUUGUCUGUGAAAAUUAUUCCAGUGUUAUACAAGACUGGAAUGAAUGGACUCUGAAUCGUCAGAAUUUGUUGAUGGUACAAGAUGAAAACAACCCGCCUGGCUAUUGUUUUCUACAGAUAGUAAGUACUGAUGUACCACUUCCUUCUUUGACAAUUCAAUUCGAUUACGAAGCUAAAGAUGUCAGUGGAAGAAUAUUGCUAAAGAACACAGUAAUUGAUAGUACUGGUUGUGAUGGUGAACAGCGACAAGGCCCGUCAUUGAGCACACCUGGACCUCCUGGUACUCUUACUCCGGAUACUGAUCUGGUUGUAGCUUUUCCUUGCAAAUCAUGGCCACACAUUGCCAGGAAAUGGCUAGAGCAAACAAAUGAAGAUCAGUGGCCGACAGCUGAGAUGAAAGUUUACGCACGAACAAGCAGAUGUUGCGUUGUAGCUGUUGGCAGCAAAAUCAGUUCACACGAGGAAUGUGAAUGGAGAAUAUCAACCACUCUGGCUGAGAGAUGUCUGAUGUUUAAUUUAAAUAUCACUCAGUUAAAGUGCUAUAUCUUGAUGAAAAUGAUUCUUAAAACGUUCAUAAAUCCUCGUUAUAAAGGUUUUAUUUCAAGUUUUAUGUGUAAGACAGUUCUAUUUCACUGCAUACGAAGUAAACACCCCAGUAUAUGGCGAGAACGUAACCUCUCACAUUGUCUAUCAUUUUGUUUAUUGACAUUAUACAAUUGCAUACUAACUGGAAAUUGUCCACAUUUCAUUAUAUAUGAAAAUAAUCUGAUGGCUGGAAAACUAACACGGGAAGUCAAACAUGAAUUACUUGAACUAUUUUCAAAUAUGAUACAAAAUAUUGUUACCAGACUAUUUGGUAUUCAGAUUGACGACCUUGGCCUACGUUUGAAGAUCAAACUGAACAACAUACAGACAGGUCGCAUUCUUCAAACCUCAAUGCCCAUCAAAUUAAUGAUUAAUGAAUCAUUGUUGAAAGCUACUGCUAGAUGUCUUUAUUUUCAUUAUUUGAAAACACUUUUGCCUUACAGGACUCACAGUGUAGAAAGCACGAUGCAAUUUCUGUCAAAAGCAAUUAAAUGUGUAACAAAAUAUUACACAGAAGGCAGUACGAUAGAGAAAGCUGCAUGCAAACUUAUCGCCCCUCUACUCUGUACAUCAAUGGGAUCUAUUGCAGCAUCUAACGACAUCGGAACAAGCAACACUGUUUCCCCUCAAUCACUUGCCUGGUUCUCAGCAGGCCUUAACUCAGAUGUCUCAUCUAGCAGACUAAAAUAUGCUUCAAUGUUUUAUUGUACAGGGGAAAUGGAGAAUGCACUGUAUAUUCUUGAAGAUAUCAGACAAAGAUAUAAUGAGGAGUAUGUUGAUGCAGUAUGUCACUGUAUUGAUAACAGCUGUGAGGGUGUAAAAGAAGGCUUCAGUCACAUUUCAGACAGUUCCAAUGAAGAAGCAAUUAGAAAUACUGUAGCAUUCUGUGUCGCAUUUCAUAGGUCUGAAGUAAACUGUGUUCCACAUGAGCUCCAAUAUGAACUGUAUAGAUCUACUACAGAUGAACUUGACAACAGAAAUUAUGAUGAUAACUGGAUGAGUUGUGCUGCAAUUGAUUCUCUCCCUUACCUUUUCUUUAUACAGUACAAGACUUACAGCAACUUACAGAGACACCAGCAAAAGAAAACGGCGCUGAUUCAGUUAUGGCGGGUAAUUUCGAGGGAGCAAAACCUUGGACACAGAGAAACAGCAUUGAACCUGCUAGGACAAUGUUUUGAACAGGAAUACAAUUUAAUGGAAGCAAUAAGGUGUUAUAUCUCAUCUCUGCAGCUCCGACCAAGUAAUAAUGCUGCCAGAAUUCACAUAUGUGUCUUACUAUCCAAACUGGUCAACUCUAGAUAAUCAGAAAUGUACCUUACCAUGAUCACAGGUUACAUGGCUGUUUAAUGAGAAUAAAAUGGUCAGAACGAGGCUAAUAAUUAUAUGGAGUAGUAUGUAGGUUCGUGGAUUUCAAAUACUUUCAAUUUGUUUAAAGAAGUGGUUGUAGCAUCCUUAACACUCACGAAAUAAAGCUAUCAAUCUCCGUGCAGGAACAUUGUCAAUCAUCCCUGCCAAUAAACAAAAUCACAUAACAAUAAUAAAGCCAGGCGACACGAUUUGCAACCCUUGGUAAUUCAAACUAUUGUCAUAAUCUAUACCUAUGAAAAGAACAUUUAGUUUGGUUCCAUGUCACGUUUUUAUGGAUAAAAGGGUGAUAAAACGCGUUUGCUUUGUGUAUUAACGUCUGCAGAGCAGAAGCGCGAGAUAUUGUUUACAACUAAAAUGUAAAGUUUUACAACAAAAAUUCAAAACAUAACUCGGUUAAAGUCUAGCCAAAUUAACGCAUGCAGUUUACCAACAACAACAUUGCGUUCCGGCGUGUAAUGUUAUCAGUAGCAACUUCUUUGAGUACUUCGUUAUUUU